AGAAUAACUCAGUAUCCCUACAUGGAAAGGUUUUCUUAGAUGGGGAAUUAUAAACCUAUUGAGAAAUAUUGUGUCAAUUACUUUUGUAUGUAGUCAUGUAUAUUAUAUUACGUGUUGUAAGAAUUAAAUUAAGGCAUACAAUGUAUUUCUAGGGUUAUUUAUGUUUUGUUAAUUAAGUGAGCGUUUCAUGGUUGUGGGUGAUGAGGUGGCAGGGACGCUACGUGGCAGGUGCUCACGCAGGCUCGGUCAGUUCCUAGUCGGUGAGGGGUGUGAUUAGUCGACGGACUGCGUUGGCUGGGGGUGUUACGUGAUUGUGUCGGAAGUAUCCUGUCGUUAGCUGGGUUGUGCUUGUGCCCCUGCUUGUGCACAAGUAGACGCGAGUUGAUCGAGUGGUGUGAAGGAUUGUGACGAAUGUACCCUGCCAGUAGACAGAUGUCUUCAUGUCUUCAUUUGGAUGGUGCUUUGGGUACUUAACGUGUGGGAUCCGAGGUGUUGUAACAUAGCAGUAACCAGGACGCUAGGAAGGGAGGCACUGUGUUGGACCCAAUAAAGGUGUUUACUGCCAGUGUUAUCUGAUUGGCGCCUGGUGAAACAGUCCAACACAUCUCCUACCAGCAUGGAUGCAACCCUGAGGAAGAGCCGAGCUGACGCCAAACGGAAGUUCACUCGCAAGGUGACCCUACUGAAGGAGGCGUACGCGCGAAAGGAUCCCAUACAGGUAUUAAAGGAUAUCUAUAGUGAUGUCUGUGAGCAGUUUGUGCAAGUGGAGGAGAUAAAUGAAAAACUGAUGGAUUCCUUAGACACUAAGAGUGAAGAUUAUGACUCUGUGAUUAAUUCCCAUGAAAGUUACAUUGUGGAAGUGGAGAGUACAAAAAAUGUGGUGCAUGCGAUGAUCGUGAAGGCUGGAAAUGAUGGGAAACCAGGUGUUGCAGACUUGUCUAAAACUAGGAUGCAAAGGUUAAGUCCACCACACUUCGAUGGAAAAAUUAGAGAAUAUUCCACCUUCUGCAAAGACUAUGAUAGACUCAUGAAAUCCGUGUAUGGAGAUGAUCCCUAUGCAUUGCGUUCUUGCCUGUCAGGGGAAGCGCUGGAAAUUGUUAGAGGGGCCGAUGACUCUUUCACCUCCAUGAUUGACAGAUUAAAUGCCAGGUAUGGCAAUCCAUCAAAGCAGGUUGAGAUAGUGUUGGGUGAUAUCAAAAGCUUAAGGGUAGUGCCUGAAGGCAACCCUAGUAAGUUCAUUGAAAUGGUUAAUAUGGUUGAAAGAGCCUACUUAGAUCUUGAUAGACUUGGCUUGUCUUCUGAAAUGAACACAGUGACAAUGGUCAGUCAGGUUGAAAAACUUCUGCCUUCGGUCCAGAAAAGAGAAUGGGUAAAGAUACUACAAACUAUAAAGGAUAAAGAUGAAUUGUUUGCUAAACUACUGGAUUAUCUGUUGAAAGAAAAACAAGCACUAGAAUACAUGCACGCAGAUGUUAGAGUUACUGGUAAUACUAACAGAGCACAAGUACAUGCAGCAAAUAUGGAUAGUGAGACUAGUGAAUUAACAGCGGCUUUAACGACACUUCAAGGUAAACAAGACAAGAUGGAAGAGAGUUUGAACAAGUUGACCAAACAAAUAUCAACAGUGGUCGAGAAUGUCCAUAAGACUAGAGCUGAACCCCUGUACCUAACUAACUGCUGGCUCCACGGUACAGAUACUCACGAUAUUACACGCUGUACAGGAUUUCAAAGGCUUAGCAGUGAUGAAAGGGUCGAUGCUGUGCGAAAUGCGGGUGCUUGUUUUCUUUGUUUGCAAUUAGGACAUCGAGGACGUCAAUGCACGACAGGCGCUCCUUGUAGUGAAUGUGGUAAAUACCACCAUCGAAUGCUCCAUAGUUUCUUUUCUAAGCCCCCUCCCAACAUAAAUAGUAACCUGCUAUCCCGAGAUGGGGUACUAUUGAUGAUAAACUCUGUGUACAGCCAUACACGUCCAGUGACCACGCUGUGGGACCCCGGUAGUAAUAUGACUCUGAUAACCAACAGAAUGGCCAAACACUUAGGAUUGAAGGGAAGAAGUAUAAACCUAACGGUGACUAAAGUAGGUAAUGAGUGCACGAAGAUGGAGACUCGGGAAUAUGAUGUACCACUCAGUGAUUGCUAUGGUGAAGUACGAGUACUCAAGGCUUGCGGAAUCGCCGAAAUCACCUCAGAAACGUAUCCGGUAGACACAAGAAGUGUAGCCACUCUAUUAGGUGUGCAAGAUAAGGAUAUUGAACGUCCACAUGGGAAAAUUGAUUUGCUAAUAGGAUCUGAUUACUGUGAAUUAUUACCAUCAGUGGUGAGGACAGUAGGAAGUCUCCAGCUCAUGCGAGGGCCCUUCGGUUACUGUAUUAGGGGCUCACAUCCCUUGCUAAAGGUUGGAUUCGUUGACAACACUAAUGUUUGUGUCCGCAUUAGUCAUAUGACCAGUGUGUCCAAUGUUAAUGACUUGUCUGUGGAACCAAAGGCUAGCUUAACGAAAAGACUAGAUGAUUUUUUUGCUGUUGAUAACCUGGGAACCUACUGUAAUCCUAAGUGUGGUGGCUGCAGAUGCGGGAAGUGCCCGCUGGGGGGCAAUAAAUACAGUAUUAAGGAGGAGAGGGAACUGGCCCUCAUCACACAAGGAUUGUCUCAUGACAAGCAGACCAGGCGAUGGACUGCAGCAUACCCAUGGAUUAAACCACCAGAGAAGCUACCUAACAACAUAUCAGUUUCUGUGGCCAGGUUGUAUUCCACAGAAAAGAGAUUAGCCAAAAGGGGAAGGGAAUAUGCAGAGGCGUAUAGUGACCAAAUCCAGGACAUGGUGUCACGUGGAGUAGCCAGGAAACUGACCAAAGAGGAAAUCAAGAAUUAUAAAGGCCCUGUACAUUACCUACCUCAUCAUGAAGUACUGAAGCCAGAAUCAAAGUCCACACCCAUCAGGAUUGUAUUCAAUUCAUCUGCCUCCUACAUGGGCCACAUCCUGAAUGAAUAUUAUGCCAAGGGUCCUGAUGUGCUAAGAGAUCUAUGGGUAUUUUACUAA